AUGGACGAGUCCGGGGAAGCGAGCGUCGGCUCCUUCAGGAUCGGGCCGUCGACGCUGCUAGGCCGCGGGGUGGCGCUCCGCGUGCUCCUCUUCAGCUCGCUGUGGCGCCUGCGGGCGCGCGCGUACGCCGCCAUCUCGCGCGUGCGCAGCGCGGCGCUGCCGGUGGCGGUGUCCUGGCUGCAUCUCAGGAACACCCACGGUGUCCUCCUCAUGGUCGUCCUCUUCGCCCUCUUCCUGACGAAGCUCUCCGGCGCGCGGUCGCGGGCGGCGCUCGCGCGCCGGCGCCGGCAGUACGAGAAGGCUAUGCUCCAUGCCGGGACGUACGAGGUCUGGGCGCGCGCCGCCAAGGUGCUUGACAAGAUGUCUGAUCAGGUCCAUGAGGCGGAUUUCUAUGACGAGGAGCUCAUCAGGAACCGGCUUGAGGAGCUCCGGAGACGAAGGGAGGAUGGUUCGCUCCGGGAAGUGGUGUUCUGUAUGCGCGGCGAUCUUGUUAGGAACUUGGGGAACAUGUGCAAUCCUGAACUCCACAAGGGACGGCUAGAGGUUCCUAAGCUUAUAAAGGAAUACAUUGAAGAGGUUUCUACUCAACUAAGAAUGGUGUGUGAAUCUGACUCUGAUGAGUUGCUAUUGGAAGAGAAGCUUGCCUUUGUUCAGGAGACCAGGCAUGCCUUUGGGAGGACAGCGCUACUCUUAAGCGGGGGUGCUUCACUGGGGUCUUUCCAUGUAGGUGUUGUGAAAACAUUGGUUGAGCAUAAACUUCUGCCUCGGAUUAUAGCAGGAUCAAGCGUUGGUUCCAUUAUAUGUUCGAUUGUUGCUACCCGAACAUGGCCUGAGAUUGAGAGCUUCUUCACAGACUCAUUACAGACCUUGCAGUUCUUUGAUAGGAUAGGUGGAAUUUUUGCAGUGAUGAGGCGUGUCACCACUUAUGGUGCACUGCAUGACAUUAGCCAGAUGCAAAGGCUUCUGAGGAAUCUCACAGGUAACUUAACAUUUCAAGAGGCUUAUGACAUGACUGGUCGUGUCCUUGGGAUCACUGUUUGCUCUCCUAGAAAAAAUGAGCCACCCCGCUGCCUCAACUACCUGAUGUCACCGCACGUUGUUAUUUGGAGUGCAGUAACUGCCUCUUGUGCAUUUCCUGGGCUCUUUGAAGCUCAGGAACUGAUGGCAAAGGAUAGAUUCGGCAACAUAGUCCCCUUCCAUGCACCCUUUGCCACAGAUCCUGAACUAGGCCCUGGAGCAUCGAAGCGCCGGUGGAGAGACGGGAGCUUGGAAAUGGAUCUGCCCAUGAUGAGACUCAAGGAGUUGUUUAAUCUUGCUCGUCUUGCUGAGAUGGAGGUUAAGUAUCGAUGUAACCAAAUCCUAGAGAUUGGUCUUCCAAUGGGAGGACUUGCAAAAUUGUUUGCUCAGGACUGGGAGGGUGAUGUCACCAUGGUUAUGCCAGCAACAGUAGCUCAGCAAGGUGCUGCUCUUAUUGUCGGCACACCAGCUCUUUCUCACCAUGUUCGGUGCAAUUCUCAUGACGGAAGUGAGAGCGAAUCAGAAACCAUUGACCUUAAUUCCUGGACCAGGAGUGGUGGGCCUCUGAUGAGGACAGCAUCUGCUGACAAGUUCAUCAGUUUCAUCCAUAACCUUGAGAUUGACACGGAAUUAAGUAGGCCCUGUACUGUGGAGGGUGGUACUGCAGGUAGAUGCACAGAAAAUUCUGAGACCGAGGCAUGCAACACUGUCAACACCAGAGCCAGUCAAGCUCCUACUCCCACAAGCAUCGCUGUUUCUGAAGGUGAUUUGCUGCAGCCCGAAAGCACUACUAACGGUAUCCUGCUUAACAUUGUGAAAAGAGAUGCCCUGCAGGCUCAAAAUGACAGUGUAACUGAAUUGGCCGAAAGCUCCUGCGCCGAAGCAUAUGUGACAACUUGUGACGCCAUCUCAGGGUCUGACUGUGCUGAAGAUAACAAGGAUGCUCCUGACUCGAGCAAUCACUCACUUGAUAAUGAUGAUUUUGUAGUUUCGCGUCAACCUUCAGCUGAUGAUUAG